AUGAUUCAUGCUGCCGACAUUGGAAUUGGAAUAUCUGGACAGGAAGGCCUGCAGGCUGUCAUGUCCAGUGACUUUGCCAUCUCCCGCUUCAGACACCUCAAGAAGCUGCUGCUUGUGCACGGCCACUGGUGUUACUCACGCCUAGCCAGGAUGGUGGUGUACUACUUCUACAAGAAUGUGCUACUUGGGAGGAAAACGCAGGCCCCAGUCUCCGUGAGGCUGUCACCAGGUUCAGUGGGUGCCCUCAGAGGCGCAAAGAUUCCAACCAGAGGAAGUGGAAGCAAACAAGGUCCUAACAGGGCCUGCGGAGGAAGGAAACACUUCAGUGUUAAACUCCAGGGAGCCACUGGGAUUGAAGACCAGCUGCAAGAAGGGGUUCCAGACACAAUUGCUGCCCUGCGGGAAGCUGGGAUCCAGCUCUGGGUCUUGACUGGAGAUAAGCAGGAGACAGCAGUCAAUAUCGCCUAUUCCUGCAGAUUGUUAGAUCAGACUGACACUGUUUACUCCAUUAAUACAGAAAAUCAGGAAACCUGUGAAUCCAUCCUUAACUAUGCACUGGAAGAAGUGAAGCAAUUUCAUGGACCACAGAAGCCAAACCGCAAGCUCUUUGGGCUCUGCCUACCUUUUGAGACACCACCUCCUACCUCAAGAGCUGCAGUUCCAGAAGUUGGAUUGGUCAUCAAUGGGAAGACAUUGAAUGCCAUUUUCCAGGGAAAGCUGGAGAUGAAAUUUUUAGAGCUGACUCAGUAUUGCCGGUCUGUCCUGUGCUGCCGUUCUACCCCUCUCCAGAAGAGUAUGAUAGUCAAGCUGGUGCGAGACAAGUUGAGCGUCAUGACCCUUUCCAUAGGUACCCAUCAUGCUGAGAUGUGGGUGCAGCUUGUAAGGCUGAUCUGACAAAAGUCCUGGGCCAGAGG